AUUCGUUACGUAGAGGCAGGUGCGCAAAAGCGAUACGUGCAGAACAGGUGAUACAACCGAUGUCUCGUGAUUCGUAUUGUCGAAUCCUACGUUUUUAACAACUUGCAAUCGUCAUUGAUAAAGAUUGCAUACAUCGAUGAAAAGCGAUUUCAAUAAAAUUGAAAUCAUGACAAACAACAGAUAAAAUCAUUUUCGAAAGGUGCUCCACGUACCUAUUAACUCCUUUGUAAGUUAAGGUUCAAUUAUACCUCAAUUCUUUCAAACGAUUACUCAUCCUAUUUUCAACGUAGAUAAUAUAUAAUUAUAAAAAAUGUUCUGAUAAUCAAUGAAAUGUUGUGAAACUCUGACAAAGAAUGGCAUUUCCACCACUGGUUAGUUCUACGCCUCCACCACUUGAUAAUUUUGGGGAUUCUGAAGAAGAUGAAUUUGGAGAUUUUACUACUGGUGGCAUAGAUGGGCUAUCCGUAUCAUCGGAUUCACCACAGAAGCCUAUCACACCAAUUCAAACACCGCUAACAUCUCAAAAUCCUUCGCCAAAAGUAAAUGGUGUUCUAGAAAAUGAUAAUAAUCAAUCAAGCAUACAUGUGAAAACAACAGUUCCAGAAGAGUUUUUAAUACUUGAGAAAAUAGAUGAAACUAUAAGCAACAUUAAGCUAAAGACAGAAGUUGAAAAUAUUUACGAAUCGCACGAUAGAAAAAAGAAUGUAGAAAAUGCGAACAUAAGUAGUACUAGUAGUAGUAAUAGUACUAGUAGUAGCAGCGAAGACGCUACGGAAAAAGGAGUUAAUUUAACUAGUGGGAGCAGUAGCUUUGGAGGAAGCGAACAAGAAACAUCUCCUAACCAUUUAGAAGAUAUAGAACCUUUAAGUCUAGAUUUAGGAGAUCCAUCUGCUGCUGCUGCUGCUGCUGCUACUGCUGCUGCUGCUGCUGACACGGUGCAAUCGAUAGACGAUGAUUUUUAUGACUAUGAGCAAUUUGAGGAUUCUCAAAAUUGGGUUCCUAACAACGAAGAAUCCACAGGUGUUUCUAACACAGAUUAUUUUAAGUUCCAAGAACCUGAAAACAUUACAAAUAAUUUAAAUGCUUUAAACAAAGAUAUUAAUGUAAGUGAUAAGAAAGAUGUAAAUUUGAAAUUCGAACAGUCGGUUGAAGAAUCAAAAUUAGAUCAUUGUGUAGAAAAUAAAGAUGUGCCUACCGAAGAUAAAAAUGUUUUUGAAUUCAAGGUGAAUGAUCCGAAAUUCAGCAGUACUGAGAAUCCAGUUUUUCAUGAUUCCAGUAAUGAAACUUUCAAUGAAACUGUCAAUGAAAAUGAAAAUGAAACUGAAGUUGCCGACGACUUGCACGAGUUCUCUGAAAAUGAAAAUAAUACAGUUGAAAAUAAUUUUUUAUCUUCUGCACCUUUAGCAAACGUUUCAAAUUGUUCGAGCGAAGAAUUCGAUGAUUUUAAGUAUGACUUUGUAUUUGGAACUUCAACUAAAACUUCCCAGCCAGAAUUUUCUAAUUGUUCAACUGUAGAAACAAAUGUGAAAAGAAAAGAAACAAUGGGGGAAGAUGAUGAUUUUGGUGAUUUUACGAACUUUGCGAAUCAAACGCAAUUUGAUGAAAAUGUCGAUGAAACGAAUGUACCUGAUAAAGAUGACGAUGAUGAUUUUGGUGACUUCAAUGACUUUGAAUCAGCUGUUGAACCAGCUGUUGAGCCAGCUGUUGUAGAACAACCACAAUUUAGUUUGAAAGAGUCCAUUUGUCGGAUAGAAAAUAAAAAUGCUGCUAAUAAAAUAGAAGACAUAAUAACAACAAUGUUCUUAAUGGAUGUAAACCAACUGGAAAUUGAAGCGCAACCCUUGAUAAGCGAAACGGAUAAAGUCUGGAAAAGUAUAAAGAAUGUUGAAGAAACAAAUGCUUUAACAUAUCAAUGGGCAAACAGUAGCAGUAACAAAAUGCUAUUAAACUCCCUUGGCAUUGACUCUCGUAAUAUUUUGUUUGGGCCAAGGUGGAAUCCAAACGUUCCCAGAUUUGCUGCAAACCUUGGUUUUACUCCAUUAGAACCAAUCAAAGCUACAACUGAUAUUCAAUCAGCUACUACUUCAAAUAUCAAUAAAACUCAAACUUCAACAAAUUCAGAAGAAGUACCUGCUGCUCAAUUUGAUUGGAAUAGUUCUGGGCUUGUUAAUCCUUUAGAAGCUAGUGGUGGGUUAUCCGCUCUUCUGCCUCUGGACUUUCUGUGUCCUUUCGAUCCUUUACUAACAUCCCACAACUCCAACAAUUCUGAAUCCUAUCGUCGACCAAGUAGCGCAAGGAAUCCUGCUAAUCACCAUAUCACCGAAAUGAAUAGGGAGAGAUGCAACUCUGUUUCUAAAGUGGAGACGAUAGAUCGUUUGGAAGGUGAUGGUUUGAAAUCACAGAAACGUUCACAAACGUCAAAGAUAAUCGAGCCACUACCAGCUCCUCGUACAACAGAAUGGAAGAGAAAAGGGGACUUUGAGUCAGGACAAAAAGUGAGAAGCAGCACAGGUGGCCAGAGAAGUGUUCAAACGGAAAAGCAGUGCUUACCCAUGGAUAAGCAAUUCUUAACGAAUGAGAGGCAAUACGUGUCAGCUGAGAAGUCGUCAACUUUAGGAGAUAGCUAUCGUGGGAAGUCGAUGAACAAGAGAUCAACCUCUGAACAUGUGGUGAUGGACAGAUUUGGUCGAGCCGUACCGAUCCAAGCGGAAACGGCAAGAGUAUUGAAUCGUUUGCCAGAUCUUUCGUUUCUCAGCGCUAGAACUUUAAUGCUCGAUAGAGAGCAGAAGCAACUUGCCUGUGAAAUCGGUAUCAUGAGUCGUAAGAUGCCUGGCUGAGUAACGUCGGUCUGAGCGCGAGUUUGAAAGGUCAGAACAUUCGAUAAAUCUCUGUCCUGUGGACGUAUCGACGAGGCAUAGAAACAAAGGAGAAAAGAUGUUCCGUUAACCUUUCAAAUCCGCGCUUGGACCGACCUUCGAUUCAAACUUUUUCCCCCCUUUGUAAACACUGACUGAUAAUGUAUUCUGUACUCUCUACUUCCCGUUGUGAAAUAGGGAUUCUCUACGGAGUGUACGAGGUAGAAAAACGUCUAUCUUCUAUACUUAGAAAGAAAGAAAGAAAACAGACAGAAAAAAUAGGGACAAAACACUCUACAGUAAAGGUCAUUGUUUUUGCACGAUAAGAACAGUGAAAUAGAAUAUUGUUACUUCGUUCACGAAAUGGAGUCAUGGUCCUUUGUUGUGUAUAGUUAUAUAAAAUCGAAGUUUCUUUUAUUCAGUUUCACUGUUACUCACUUACUGAUAUAAACACAUCACUUAAAACAUGUGAUAUUCAAUUUAUGUAUAUUAUUUGCUAAUAUGUUUCUUAAUGUUACUUUAUCUUUCCUUAUUUUCUUUCUUAGCUUUAAACGAGACGCGGACCAAUUUAUAGUUUAUCGUAUUGCGUAUAGUCAAGUACUAAUUGACUUAACAGUAUUUAAAAUGAUCAUCGUUUCAAUUGUAUUUUAUCUGAUUAUUAAUUGAAAUUAUGAUGAUAACAAGAGGUAGAUGGGUCACUGUAUUAUUGUAUGUGGUAUUCGUAAAUAUUUAUAAUCGGCUAACAUCUUUCUUGUUUUUAUUAUUUCUAUUAAUGCCUCCAAAUUGUUUCAUUAAGAAUAUGUUACUAUAUAUUGAAGCAAUUAAGUUCGUUGUUGAUCGAUGUGAUUUAAUACAAUGUGAUUUUAAGUGUUCAGCCAGUUAUUUAUGCAACCUAUAGGAUUUAUAAAAUUAUGUACUUAAUGUUUUAUACAAUUGACUCUAUUCCAUGAACAGGCACAAAGACGUGCAAGUUAGUGGCGCAGCCAAAAAAUUUCUCAUGAAACCAUAAUAUAAUGCCACACGAUGUAUAUACAUAUAACGUAUGCAAAUAAAUAAAUGAAUGUUACAAGUUACCCAUAUUUUUGGCUGGAAAAAGACUUUUAAAAAACAUUUGGAAACUCUUCUUAUAAUUAGAAAUUAGAAUGAUUAAACUUACAAUUAGUCUCCAGUUUUCUUGUUUACUAAAAGUGCUACUUUAUACUUCAUUUUUACACAGUAUUAAUUAAAUAGCUAGAUUUUUACAACAGAAGAUUAACUCACGGUCAGAAAGAUAUUUCUACAUCCUUUAGGUCUUUAUAAUGUAUUUUAAACAAAUCAUUGAAAAUGUAUAUUUUUAAUUUAUGUAAAAGGGGGGUAAUUACCAAUAAUAAUGAAUCAAUAACUA